CUGCCCUUCGCUUCUCCUCUGCUCGGGGACGCGAACGGGAGCCGCGAGUCUGUCCCCGCUUUGCUGCCUCGCCAAGCCGCACCGCAUCGGGGCUGCCAGCGCCCGCGGGAGCCGCUCUCUGAGCUCCACCGCUGCCACCGUGGGAAACACCGAUGCCACGGCGCGGAUUGGCGCAGCUGGGAAAGGACACCGAGCCCCACCGCGCGCUGCCGGUGUCCCCCUGCCCGUGCGGCACCGCCGUGCCCGGGGCACGCGUGGCGUAAGCGGUCGUUGGGUGGCACGGGACCUGCCUUGCCCGCUGCUGCCAUGGUGGGAGCCGGCAGCCGGCGCUGAGCUCGGAGGGCCACGGCAUCAUGCUGAAGUUUCGGGCGGAUCGGAGGGUGAGCCACAAUGAAAGGCGGAACACCUUCCUGCACCCAGUGACGGGACAAUUCCCAGAAGAAAACUCAAGAUUAGACUUGCAAAAGCCGACCUUGGACAUGUCAAGCAAAGCAGGCAGCAAGCGCCCGGCGAACAGCAGCAGCAGCAGCGAGCCCUCCAACCACACCAUGGUGACAGAGGUGGCUCCGGAGCGGCCCGGAGGCCGGGCGUCGCGCUCCUCCCGUAAGGGCAUCGCCUUCGGGAAGCGCUCCAACUCCAUGAAGAGAAACCCCAACGCCGCCGUCACCAAAAGCGGUUGGCUUUACAAGCAGGCCAGCUCGGGGGUGAAGCAGUGGAACAAGCGCUGGUUUGUGCUGGUGGACCGCUGCCUCUUCUACUACAAAGAUGAGAAGGAGGAAAGCAUUCUGGGCAGCAUCCCACUGCUCAGCUUCCGCGUGGCAGCCGUGCAGCCCUCUGACAACAUCAGCAGGAAGCACACCUUUAAGGCCGAGCACGCCGGCAUCCGGACGUACUUCUUCAGUGCUGAGAACACAGAGGAGCAGGAAUCCUGGAUCCAAGCCAUGGGCGAAGCUGCCCGGGUGCAGAUCCCCCCAACCCAGAGACACGAGAAGACGGAUUCUGAGAACAUCCCCCCCAGCAAACACCACCACCACCAUCGUAAUACUGUGCACAACGAGCACCCCAAAGCUGACCCCAACGCCAAGACCCGGGGUGAAGGCGACGGCCGUGGCUCAGAGAAACUCGAGAGGAAACCAGAGAGGAUGGAGAGCAAGAAGGAACCCUUGGCCAAAGCCAACGGAAUCGCCGGGCAAGAGAUACCCUCCGAGCCUGGCAGCCCUUACCCUGAAGCACCGCGGGUGCCGAUGAGCACAGAGCGGCCGCCCCAACCCAACGGUUGGCCCUACACAUCCCCCAGCCGCCCUGGCAGCACUGCCUACCCCCCACCCGACGGGAGGAGCGCUGCCCAUCGCCGCAGCUUCGCCCCCCGCACCAACCCCGAGAAAAUCGCGCAGCGUAAGAGCUCCAUGACGCAGCUGCAGCAGUGGGUGAACCUGCGCCGGGGCAACGUGCCCCCAGAGGAGCUGCGCAGCCCCACCAGGUUUUACCCUGUGUCUCGCCGGGUGCCCGACUACUACCCUUCCUACUCACCCCAGUACCCUGAGGACUAUCAAUACUACCCACCCGGCGUGCGCCCCGACAGCAUCUGCUCCAUGCCUGCCUACGAGCGGGUCAGCCCUCCCUGGGCACUGGACAACAAGCGGCAUUCCUUCCGCAACGGGGGCCCCUACCAGCUCCAGGAAUGGAAGGAGCACCCCGGCUUUGGCCGGCAGGAUGUUCCGGUCUGGCUCCCUGGUAGGCAGCCGACUUAUUUCGAUGAGGUGGAUGCUGCCUCAGGGUCGCUGCGGAGGAUGUCGCUGCAGCCCCGCUCCCGCUCCGUGCCCCGCUCGCCCAGCCAGGGAUCCUACAGCCACACGCGGGUGUACUCCCCGGUGCGCUCUCCCAGCGCUCGCUUCGAGCGGCUGCCGCCCCGUGGAGAGGAGAUUUAUGUCGACCCCGGCACCUUCAUGAUGAGGAGAUCCAUCAGUUCUCCCAAGUACGACUACCUGGGUGACAGGCGGCCCAUUCCUGCAGGAAUGUACCCCUACCACUACCCCGCAUCCCCCACGGUCCACGACAAGAUGGAUGAACUUUUAGACCUUCAGUUGCAAAGAAACCUAGAGUAUUUGGACCAGCAGAUGAGCGAGAGCGAAACCCUGAUCAGUAUGGUGAACAGGAUGGUGGAGAGCUCCUCUCCUAGGGCUCAGCUCUACAUGCAAGUGACGACACCUUUCCCAGAUGCCUACAGGGAGACCCUGCAUGCCUACAAGAUAAGCGAGCAAGACACUGAUAAGCUGCUGGGGAAGCUCUGUGAGCAGAACAAAGUGCUGCGGGAGCAGGAGAGGCUGGUGCAGCAGCUCCGAGCAGAGAAGGAGAGUCUGGAGAGUGCCCUGAUGGGGACACACCAGGAGCUGGAGAUGUUUGGGAGCCAGCCCGCCUACCCUGAGAAGCUGCUGCACAAGAAGGAGUCUCUGCAGAACCAGCUCAUCAACAUCCGCGUGGAGCUGUCGCAGGCCAGCACGGCCUUGGCCAACAGCACGGCUGAGUAUGAGACCCUGGAGAGCGAGGUGUCUGCCCUGCACGACGACCUCUGGGAGCAGCUGAACCUGGAUAUCCAAAAUGAAAUGCUGAACAGGCAGAUCCAGAAGGAGAUUUGGCGGAUCCAGGAUGUGAUGGAGGGGCUGAGGAAGAACAACCCAUCCCGCGGCACCGACACUGCUAAGCACAGAGUGGCCAUUGGCCCCUCGGGCACCUACAGCUCCAACAGCCCUGCCAGCCCACUGAGCUCCGCCAGCCUCACCAGCCCCCUCAGCCCCUUCUCCCUCAUCUCUGGCUCCCAGGGCUCGCCCACCAAGCCAGGUCCCAGCGAGCCCAAACCAAGCUUGGAGCAAAGCAAGAAGGAGACGCAGCGAGUGGCUGCCCCCGGCCCCACUGCUGAGGGGCUGCAGAGCUGGCAGGAGCAGGAGGCAGAGAAGCAAGCUGCCCUCAACAAAGUGGGCAUUGUGCCGCCCCGAACCAAAUCCCCGACGGAGGAGGAGGUGGUGCCCACCACAGGGAUGCUGAGGAGGAGUGCCAGCGGCAUGGCCAACGGGCUGGGCUCCCGGGAGAGGCCGAAGAGCGCUGUUUUUGCCAAUGAGACAAAGGUGAAGAUGAGCGUGGAGGAGCAGAUUGACCGCAUGAAACGCCACCAGAGCGGCUCCAUGAAGGAGAAGCGGCGCAGCCUGCAGCUGCCUGGCAGCCAGCAGCCAGACACCCCUGGCACAAAGACACCCGCGUCCUACAAAGUGGUGCGCCGGCACCGCAGCAUCCAUGAGGUGGACAUCUCUGACCUGGAGGCAGCGCUGCGGUCUGAUGAACCUGGCAAGGUGCACGAGACACCCCGAGAGGAGAUCGCCCGACUGCGUAAAAUGGAGUUAGAGCCACAGCACUACGAUGUGGACAUCAACAAGGAGUUAUCCACGCCGGACAAAGUCCUCAUCCCUGAGCGGUACAUUGAACUGGAGCCUGACACACCACUCAGCCCCGAAGAAAUGAAGGAGAAGCAAAAGAAGGUGGAAAGGAUAAAAACCCUCAUUGCCAAAUCCAGCCUGCAGAAUGUCAUCCCCCUGGGUGAGGGUGAAGUGGACGCUCCCCAGGACCCCGAAACACAGCUGCAGGAGCAGGAGAAGAGGAUAGAGAUCUCAUGUGCUCUGGCUGCUGAGGCAUCCCGCCGGGGCCGCAUGCUAUCGGCUCAAUGCGCUACCCCAAGCCCUCCCACCUCCCCAGCUUCCCCGACUCCACCGACCAACCCCCUCUCGUCUGAACCAUCCCGGGUCGCCGACUGCAGCCAUUUUAUGCGUGUCUGAGCCAUGAACUCAAGCCCUGGCAGCCGCUGGUGCCAUCAAGUCUCACGGGGCCACGUUCUAGUGCAGCACUACAUGCGCCCUGGCUCGACACUGACCCUCUCUGCGCCAUCGUUUUUGGUUCUCCUGGACCCCCUCCCUCCUUCCCAUCGAUGGCAUCACCAUUGGGCUGGAUGAGCGGGGAGAUGCAGCCCCAACGCUCUGCCCCAUCCUGGAGGAGCUGUGCAGAUGCCAUAAGCGCCGUCCCCAAGGACUGGGGACACUGAGCUUCCACCCAGCACGGGGACACAGCUGUGUCGUCCUGGGUGCGUGGAGGGACAUGUGCAGCUGGGACAGUCCUGGAGGAGUGCAGCAUCCCUCAGCUCUCCGUGCAUUGGUCACACGAAGGGGACCAUCUCCAGUACGCGUGGUGCAUUCUCCACGUGCAUCUGUGCUCCUGGUUGUGCCCUGAAAGCUUUCAGCACCUUGCUGGAGGGAGGUGCCAGCCCCAUCCCGUGGCUGCAGUGGGAACAGGGCACACGGAGAGGGGACAAAAUGGGACACGGGUGUCCCGGGGGCCGGGAUGGUGAGGGCUGCCCAGCACAGAGCCAUGGGCAUGGAGCAGCAGGUGCAGGCAGGGACUGGGGAUGUGGGGAAGGAGCAGAGGAACGGAGCAGAGUCGAUGGGCCAAGCAGCAAUCUGCAGGAUGGAUGGGGAUGGUGACAAGGAAGGGACCGGGCUGGAGCCAUGAAUGCUUCCAGGUGGUAGCAACGCUUUGCUCAUGGUCACCUCUGUCACAGCACAAGUGGCCCAGCAGGAAUUAAUUCCAUGGGGCUGCACACAUGCAGCUCUCCCCGGGCAGCCUUCUGUGCUGGAGGAGGGAUUCCUUCUCCCGCAGCACCGGGGAUGGAUGUGGGGACAGGAGGGGGCACCUCAGCUGCGCAGCAUGGACUGGAUCCCUCCGGUCUCACCACACACCGUUGCAUUCCAACCACGUCAGCUUGCUCAUUUCUCCUACUGCAAGCUUAUCCUUUAUUUCAGUUUAUUUUCGCUUUCCAAACGGAGGAAAAAAACGCUGUUUCUGCCUGAAAACACAGCACCGUGGGAGGGGGAGGGGGGGGUUGGGGGGCAGAGGUGGGGGUUGGGUGGUGUCCCCAUGGCUGGAUCCCGAUGUGUCGCCCCCUCUGCAUCCCACCCCCCCCCACUCUUAGCAAUACUCAUAGGAUCCCAGGAACCCCACUCCCCCUCCUCCUGCAGCCCCCUUAGCUCAUAAAGCUGGCCCUUUAUUUUGCUAUUACAUGCCUUAAUAUAUGUUUUAUGG